UUUCAAUCUUUCACCAUCUAAACAUUCCAUCUACUGUCGUUUGAAUUAGAAUUCCCGCUGCCUUUGCAAAUGUUCAACUUUGGUACCAACAAUAACUCUGAUGCUAAUAAUCCUUUGAAGAGGAACAUCAGCUUCAAUCCAACCCCAGCUCCCACCUCAAACUUGUUUGGCAAUCCCACUGGCUUCAACACCAAUACCAAUAAUCAAAAUCAAAAUCAAAAUCAAAAUAAUAAUCUUUUCAAUCCUAAUCCAACAAAAAAACUUAAUUUUACUCCUUUUAAUACCAACAUCACAAUUACUCCCACUGCUAAUAAUAACAAUAACACCGGCAAUGCCUUUGCUUUUAAGCCAACCAAUAACCUUUUCUCCUACCCCAUUACAAAUACAAAUACAAAUACAAAUCUAAAUACAAAUAUAAAUCCUAUUUCAAACACAAACCCCAACCCAAAUACUAAUUCUAAUUCUAUUUCUAAUACUGAUAAUACAAAUAUCAUCAACUCCACUGUUUCUAAUAACCUAAGCAACAAUUUGACCACCAACAAUAACACCACUAGCAUCAACAACCAAUUGCCUGUUAUAACUCUAUUAACAAGAGUCAGCGAUUUACCAACUCCAUAUCAAAACGAAAUUCAACAGUUGAAUGAUUUAAUUAAUGACCAGUUUAAAGUUUACGAAUCUCUCAUCAAAAAUAAAUCCAUUCACCAUAAUCUAAUUAAGUCAAUCCCAAACGAUAUCAACUUCUUAUCAAUCAAUUUAAACUCAAUCAACAACUCCCUAAAUAAUGACAAAAACUGCUUGAACGACUUGAAAAAAAAAUCCCUAUCUUUAAUUCAAACUUGCGAAAAUAUUGUAUCAAUCCUAAAUCUCAACAACAACCAAAAUACUACUCAAAAUAUUAACCAAAAUAAUAACCAACAAAUUCAAAAUGACCAAAAUAACCAAAAUAUUAACAUCACUUUAUCUGACUCCUCAAACCCAAAACAAAUAUUAGACAACUUAGAAAAAUUGUCAAAUCUAAUGAAUAAUCCUACUCCAAAUAUUAACAACAACAAUCCUAACAAAAACACAACUACAACCACUGCCAAUUCCAAUCCUAACAACACCAUCAAUAAUCAAAAUUUAAUCUCAAAAAAUAACAAAAAUUCAACAAAAUCCCUAUAUAAAUUCUUUCAAGAUAAAUUAAUUGAAUUCAAGCUCAAAUAUAACACCUUAAACACUUUACUAAACGAUAUCGAAUUAUCUUUUAAUGAUCUAGAAGAUAAUACAAAUAGACUACUAUUAAUUAAUAACCAAAUCGACCAAAAUAAUCAAAACCAAAAUAACCAAAAUCCACAAAAUAACAACUCAAAAAACCGAAUUUUAUCUAAAAAUAUUAACAACAAAAACUACCAAAAUGUUCAGUGGAAAAACAACCAUCUACUUAACAAUAAUAGCCUCCAAAGUUUAAUUGAUUCUAUAAAUGAAGAAUAUUAUUUAUUCCUAGACGUUUCAAAUAAUUUAGCUGAAUCUCAUUAUGAGAUUAAAAAAUUAUCUCAAUAAUCGUUUCAUCUUUGCUUUUUUUUUUCCUUUCCAAUUUUUCUUUUAUAGUAUUUAUUUUAAAUAAAACGCAUCGUAAAUAACAAAAGUUACGAAAUCUCGCAUUUCAAUACAG